AUCCGUUCACAUUUGACGCCAGCUUCGCCAUCUCUGUUUCGAUCAAAAAGACGCGGCGAUACGCCCUCACAGGACAUUCUUGGAGUUAAGGAUCUCCUGGCUCAGAAGAUGAAUACAACUUUCUCGGAAGAUCCUACCAUAAAAUUGGAGGAAACCCCCGAAAACGUUACAGAAAUUCAAUCAUAUUUGGCAGGGUUUCAAAAGGAAAUCGGCGAAACUACUAUUCAACCCGGUUCAGGUACAGAAAACGAAAAUGAACAAGAAGAAGGCACUUACUUUGUGGACCAAUCCGGUCAUUAUUACUUCCAAGCGAAAGGUUCAAAUCAACCGGUAAUGACGGUAAUGCCAUCCAUUAGUUCAUCAAACGAAUCUGAGGAUUUUAUUAUCAGUCAGGACAAUGAUGUCGAUGAAGAUGCAGAGAAUACCGAUGAUCCCCUCAUUCAACAAGGUGAAAGCAAUCAAAUAGUAAUUAACUCCGGAAAUGCGUACCAAAGAGUUACAGUCGUACCUACGGACAACAACAGCGGUGAACUUAGUUACGUAUUGAUUGUUCAAGAUCCUUCGGAUGCGAAAGAGGGAGAACAAAGCGAUGGUGAUCAAGACAUGGCGGUGUACGAUUUCGAUGAAGCCGAAGAAGCGGAUAUUUUAGACUCGGAUGCGGAAGAUGAUAAAAGCAAAAUAGUGAAAAUAUUACCGCGAAAAUCGCAAGUCGUCGCGCAGGCUCACAUGUGUAAUUACUGCAACUAUACAAGCCCUAAACGCUACCUCCUCUCCAGGCAUAUGAAAUCGCAUUCGGAAGAGCGACCGCACAAAUGCAGCGUUUGCGAAAGGGGUUUCAAGACCCUCGCUUCGCUGCAAAAUCACGUUAAUACCCACACCGGCACGAAACCGCAUUCCUGCAAAUAUUGCGACGCUGCUUUUACUACAUCAGGUGAAUUGGUUCGUCAUGUGCGAUACCGUCACACUCACGAGAAACCCCACAAGUGCACGGAAUGCGACUACGCCAGCGUGGAAUUGUCCAAAUUAAAGCGACACAUUCGUUGCCACACGGGGGAAAGACCUUACCAAUGCCCUCAUUGCACCUACGCCAGUCCGGACACGUUUAAAUUGAAGCGCCAUCUUAGAAUACACACCGGCGAGAAACCGUACGAAUGCGACAUCUGUUCAACGAGAUUCACCCAAUCGAAUAGUUUGAAAGCGCACAAACUCACGCAUAAUAUUGGAGAUAAACCCAUUUUCCAAUGCGACCUUUGUCCUACGACGUGCGGUCGUAAAACUGACCUGCGCAUACACGUCCAGAAAUUGCACACUUCCGAUAAACCAUUAAAAUGUAAAAGAUGUGGAAAAUCCUUCCCGGAUAGAUACAGUUAUAAACUGCACAACAAAUCCCACGAAGGCGAGAAAUGCUACAAAUGUGAUCUGUGCCCUUACGCGUCGAUAUCGGCGCGACACCUCGAAUCCCACAUGCUUAUACACACCGACCAGAAACCGUACCAGUGCGAUCAAUGCGAUCAAUCGUUUCGACAGAAGCAGCUGCUUAAAAGACACCAAAACCUCUACCACAAUCCGAAUUACAUUCCGCCGCCGCCGCGGGAGAAAACCCACGAAUGUCCGGAGUGUUCGCGAGCGUUUAGGCAUAAAGGUAACUUAAUCAGGCACAUGGCGUUGCACGAUCCCGACCCGUCCAUACAGAGGAAACAGUUGGAAUUGAAAUUAGGAAGACAGAAGAAGAUUCAAAUGAUCAACGGGCAACAGGUCGAAAUGCAUGGUAUGGGUUCUGAUGAGGAAGAAGAAAUCGACCUAAUGGCGGUAGAAGGAUCUGAUGGACAACAAUAUGUCGUUUUGGAGGUUAUUCAAUUAGCAGACGGUGAAGAACAAACAAUGGUUGUUGGUGAAGGUGCUAGCGAGUUAUUAAGCGAGAGUAUUUUACCUGAUCAUGAUUUAAAUGAAGAAGACGUGAUUAAGGCGUUGCAAUCUGCUCGUCGGGCUGUUGCCAAACACGAUAUAGAUGAUCAGGAAGAGCAGCAGGAAGAAGAAAAGAAAGUUGCAGCGACUGAUAUGCAAAAUUGCUUCGGCUUUGAUGAUGAGGAAGAUGAAGAAGAAGAUGAAGAUGAUGAUGAAGCAAUAGACAAGAAAAGCAUUACACUCUUGGAUGAUAUAAAUUAA